CUGCUGUCUCCACAUCGCCACCAGUGACCAACUUCACGGACUACACCUUCAUAGUACUGUGUAGCCGUAGUAUACUGAUGGUACAGACACUCAACAUCAAGAACUCAAGAGUCCUCAAGCGAGAGAAGCUUACGAAAGGAUACGCCUCUCCCGAGUUCCCGUCAAGAAAGCGGGCCGGCCAAUUACUCCGUCAGGAGAUGACCGUCGCGUUAUGAGAUCAGAUGGGGGGCCACACCAUUGCGGCUCACGGCACGUUCCCUUUGUGCCAUUUUCCAACCAACACACCCAGUGGUCCCAGUCCAGUUCAACCUCACAGAAACGUAAUAGGAGUGGAAGAGCGCGGCAAGCUAGAAUGUCACUAGAGCCCACAGUGAGGCUCAAACGGCACCCGCCGCAGGAAACCUGGCCGAGCCUGGCAACGCCUGGGUCGAUGAAUCCGGUAUAUCGAGGCAUCUCCACCAAGGAAAUCCAAAAUACCAAGACGGUUUACACGGCACUCACGCGGCACUUGGCCCGGAAAAUCCCCCCACAAGCCCUCACAGCUCUGUCUGCUCUGGACUCCUGAGACCAGAAUUGCUUGAGUCCAGACAAGUGAAGGCUGCAAUGACACUACCCUUGUCCCCUCUAUGGACUGCUCUGACGUCAAAUUCCCCGGUAUUUCUGUAUGCUUCUUUUUCCGGGGUCGGGAGUGUGAUGCUUGGUGAUGUACUUUUCAAUGGAGAACUCCCGGCCGGUGGUGGGAUUUGACGUAGAUGGGAGAGUGCUGCAUGGAGACGUGGGCUUGAAAGGACGGUCGCAAGCAGGUUGACGGCGCUGUCGAUGACGGACGUCGACGCGUUCCUUGGCCACGAUGACGGACUUGUGUCAAGACAGUGCAAGCAGGUAAAGUAUAAAGACAUCUUCUCGAAGUGCCCCAAGCAGGUAUUCUCUCUCAUCAUCAUCAAACACAACCACGACCACCAACACAACUACAAUCUCAUCCGAGUACCACUCAUCAUCACCACACUACAAUAUCCUAAGGAUCUCAGACCCUCAACCAAUAAACCCAUACUCUUCAACACCCUCUACCCCAAAGAUCAAAAUGCACAGCGGAAGACAAGAAAACUAUGGCUCCAGCGGCAUGGGCGGCGGCAUGGGCGGUGGCUACAACGACGGCCCUAGAGAAAACUACGGAGGAGGCAUGGGAGGAGGCAUGGGCGGCGGCUACGGCGGCGGCCGCGAGAACAUGGGCGGCGGUGGCAUGAGCGGCGGCAUGGGCGGAGGCUACGGAGGCGGCGGCCGAGACAACUACGGUCCCUCCGGCGGCAUGGGAGGCGGCCCCGGUCCCCGCGAUAACUACAACGGCGGAGGUGGUAUGGGCGGCGGCAUGGGUGGUGGUAUGGGAGGUGGUGGCGGCUACGGCGGUGGCCGUGAAGAGUACGGACAUUCCGGUGGCCACUCUUCCCACGGACGCCGCAACAGCUACGACCGUCGCGAUAGCUACGACCGCCACGACAACCACGGCAGCCACGGCAGCAGUCACGACAGCCACGGCAGCAGUCACGACAGCCACGGCAGCAGCGGUGGUAGCGGAGGAGGUCUCCUCGGUGGGAUCCUCGGCGGCGGAGGAAAGGAUAAGAAAGAGGAGAAGAAGAGCGAGGGGUUCACUGACAAGUUGAUUGACGGUGCCGCUUCGUACGCCAAGAAGAAGUGGUAAACCCUCAAAGAGCAUCUUUGACACACGCGUCGGAAAGAUGAAUGAUGUAACGAAUACCUCUUGUAUUAGUAGCCGG